UCUGGGCAAUAGGAUAUGCCAAGAUAAUUGGCACUACUUUAAAUUCCUCCUUUAAAAAGAAAAUUUGUAUUAUGAAGAAUAAUUUUUCUUUGUUUUCUAUUUACAAUUUGACCAUGUUUUUGUGAUUUCUGCCUAGGUCAUUUUUAUCUUCAGCUUCUGUUGUUUAUUUUUAUGACAAAAAUGACGUCCGACAUCAUCAGCCUUUGUCAGCUCAGAUGGAUUGCAAUUAUCAUGGAUAUGUUGCAGGUUUUCCAAAUUCUCUUGUAUCACUCAACAUUUGUUCGGGACUCAGGGGAACACUGCAGUUUAAAAACAUCUCAUAUGCACUUGAACCAGUUGAGUCAGUAUCAGGAUUCAUGCACAUGAUUUAUGAAGAAAAAAAUGAUAUAAGUGCUGUCCCUCUGUUACUGGAAAAUGACUCUUACAGCUAUGAGCGAUCACAGUAUAAAGUCAGAAAAAGUUCAGAAAGAUUUGGCCAUACCAAAUUAUUCCCCCGAUACAUUGAUAUGUAUAUUGUUGUGGAUAAAAAUCUGUUUGAUUACAUGGGCUCUGAUAUAAACAUUGUAACACAGAAGAUUAUUCAGAUCAUUGGCCUUGUUAACACUAUGUUUAUCCAGUUAAAACUUACUGUUAGAAUAUCUUCCAUAGAGGUUUGGUCAGAUAAAAAUAAAAUUUCUAUUGAAGGACCUCCUCAUAAUGUUUUAUAUAAAUUUUUAACCUGGAAGUAUGAAUUUACCUCCCGACCUCAUAAUAUUGCAUACUUAUUUGCGUGA